AGAUCUGUUGUACCUGAAAUUAUGCGUGCUGCUUUUAAUUAUAACAGUCAGAUUAAUUACAGUAUGUACGGAUAUAUUGGAAUAAUGGACGCAAUAUGUCCACAUUGUGAUGCGGCUAAAUUUCCAGGUGAAACGCCCGGCAUGUGUUGUGCUAAUGGCAAAGUGAGAUUGCCACCAUUAGAAACUCCACCCGAACCAUUGUCUUCAUUAAUUUUUGGGACUUCUGAAAAUUCGAAGCACUUUUUGAGUCAUAUUCAACAAUACAAUUCGGUAUUUCAAAUGACUUCUUUUUCUGCUACUAACAUUAUUAGAGAUAAUUUUAUGCCGACGUUUAAGAUUCAGGGCCAAAUUUACCAUCAAGCUGGUUCGUUAUUCCGUACCCCGACGCUGAUUAUCAAUGUUUGCAAAUUUAUUUUAUUGGUGAUGAAAAUCGUGAAUUGGAUCAACGUUGUGCAAUUGCUUUGAAUACCAGACGAGAAAUUAUUUGUGAGCUACAAAGGUUUUUUCGUCAGCAUAAAGCAUUAGUUCAAUUGUUCAAAAUUGCUCUCGAUCGUAUGCCCUCUGAUCAUCACGAAAUCGUAAUAAGGGCUGAUAGAACACCUUUUGGAGAGCAUGAAAGGCGAUUCAAUGAUCAGUUUCAAUCGCGUGAUAUUAUACUUCAUCGUAGAAAUGACCAAUUGCAACGUGUUUCGGAACUUCAUCGUAGUUACGACGCAUUACAAUACCCAAUAUUGCAUUGGAAAGGUGACGAUGGCUAUAAUAUAAAUAUACCAAUGAUUGAUCCACG